CCUGCACUGUCUGCAGUCUCUGGUCAUUCCCUGCACUGUCCGCAGUCUCUGGUCAUCCCCUGUACUGUCUGCAGUCUCUGGUCAUCCCCUGUACUGUCCGCAGUCUCUGGUCAUUCCCUGCACUGUCCGCAGUCUCUGGUCAUUCCCUGCACUGUCCGCAGUCUCUGGUCAUCCCCUGCACUGUGUCCGCAGUCUCUGGUCAUCUCCUGCACUGUGUCUGCAGUCUCUGGUCAUCUCCUGCACUGUGUCCGCAGUCUCUGGUCAUCUCCUGUACUGUCCGCAGUCUCUGGUCAUCUCCUGCACUGUGUCCGCAGUCUCUGGUCAUCUCCUGCACUGUGUCUGCAGUCUCCUGUCAUCUCCUGUACUGUGUCCGCAGUCUCUGGUCAUCUCCUGUAUUGUGUCCGCAGUCUCUGGUCAUCCCCUGUACUGUCCACAGUCUCUUGGUCAUCCCCU